UUCGGUUAAAAAAAAAAAGAAAAAAAAGGAAUUUUUUGUUUCUUUUUUCGCUCCAUAUUUACUCAGAUUUCUUCUUUACAUCGCCUUCCGUCUCCGAUUCACACGGAAUCUGGUUACGAGGAGAAAGCAUUGUGAAAAGAAGGUGAAUUGGAGUGGGAAGCAAGGAAGGAACGGAGGAGAGACGGAGAAAUUGUGAUUUUUAGUUCCAUCGCGGCUGAGUGGAGUGGUGUUUGGAUCAUCGUUUUCUUGAUUUGCAUUCGUUUUCCAGUUUCUGCGAUCUGAAAUCGUCUUUGGAAGGAGGGUUUCGAUCAGGGUUUUGUUUGGGUGAUAGACAUGGCCGGAUUUGUUGGGGUGGUUGUGUCUGAUCCGUGGCUUCAGAGUCAGUUUACGCAGGUGGAACUUCGAAGCCUCAAAGCCAAAUACAUAUAUGUAAAGAGGGAGCAUGGUCAUGUCAGAGUAAGAGAUUUGCCGCCUGCCAUGGCGAAAGUCAAGAGCAUCAAGGAUUUGAUCACUAAAGAGGAGAUUUCUUCCAUCUUAGAAGAGUCUUAUCCGGACACUGAUCAAGAGAUUGAGUUCGAGCAAUUUCUCCGGGAAUGUUUGAAUGUGCAAGCAAAAGCAGCAGGGAAAUUGGGUGGUUCGAAGAGUCCAUCUUCAUUCUUGAAGGCUUCCACCACCACACUUCUGCACACUAUAAAUGAAUCAGAAAAAGCCUCUUAUGUGGCUCAUAUAAACGCUUAUCUUCGAGAUGACCCAUAUUUGAAAACAUAUCUACCAAUUGACCCGGCUUCAAAUGAAAUCUUCAACUUAGUCAAAGAUGGCGUCCUCCUCUGUAAAUUGAUCAAUGUUGCUGUGCCGGGGACGAUAGAUGAGAGGGCGAUCAAUACAAAGAGGGUGAUGAAUCCUUGGGAGAGGAAUGAAAACCACACUCUUUGCCUCAACUCUGCAAAAGCCAUUGGGUGCACUGUAGUUAACAUUGGGACUCAAGACUUGAUUGAAGGGAGGCCUCAUUUGGUGCUGGGUUUAAUUUCUCAAAUUAUCAAGAUACAACUCCUAGCAGAUCUCAACUUAAAGAAGAUGCCUCAAUUGGUGGAGCUGGUAGAUGAUAGCAAGGAUAUUGAGGAGCUUUUGAAUUUACCGCCUGAGAAGAUGUUGCUUAAAUGGAUGAACUUUCAUCUCCAGAAAGCUGGUUAUAAGAAACCUGUAACAAAUUUCUCUUCUGAUUUGAAGGAUGGAGAGGCGUAUGCAUACCUUCUGAAUGUUCUUUCCCCAGAGCAUUGCUCUCCUGACACUUUAGAUGCCAAAGAUUCAACCGAAAGGGCAAAGCUUGUGCUUGACCAUGCAGAAAAAAUGGACUGUAAACGAUACUUAACUCCAACAGACAUUGUUGAAGGAUCAACAAACCUCAAUCUUGCUUUUGUUGCACAAAUAUUUCAUCAGAGGAAUGGCCUUUCCACCAGCAGCAAAAAGAUGUCCUUUGCAGAGAUGAUGCCUGAAGAAGUGCAAGCAUCUAGAGAAGAAAGAGCGUUUAGGAUGUGGAUCAACAGUCUUGGAAUUACUACUUUUGUCAAUUGUGUAUUCGAAGAUCUGAGAAAUGGAUGGGUUCUUUUGGAAGUACUCGACAAAGUGUCUCCAGGAUCAGUUAACUGGAAGCAUGCAUCAAAACCCCCCAUAAAGAUGCCGUUUCGUAAGGUAGAGAAUUGCAAUCAAGUUGUGAGAAUUGGAAAACAGUUGAAACUCUCUCUAGUUAAUGUGGCAGGGAAUGACAUUGUUCAAGGAAAUAAGAAGCUCAUCCUUGCUUUUUUGUGGCAAUUGAUGAGAUUUGACAUACUGCAAUUGUUGAAGAACCUGAGAUUCCACUCUCAAGGAAAGGAGAUGACUGAUUCUGACAUAAUAAAUUGGGCAAAUAGAAAAGUCAAGAGCUCUGGCAGAACUACACAAAUUGAAAGUUUUAAGGAUAAAAGCCUAUCCAGUGGAUUAUUUUUCCUUGAAUUACUAAGCUCUGUGGAACCAAGAGUUGUCAACUGGAACCUUGUAACGAAGGGUGCAAACGAUGAUGAGAAAAAAUUGAAUGCUACAUACAUAAUCAGUGUGGCUAGAAAGCUUGGUUGCUCUGUCUUUCUGUUGCCCGAAGAUAUAAUGGAGGUAAACACAAAGAUGAUCCUCGUCUUCACGGCCAGCAUCAUGUGCUGGAGCCUCCAACAAGCUUCUGAAGAUUCCGAAACCUCGGAGGUCUCCACCGAUGACUCGAACUCUCUGAAAGCUCCCUCAGACGGCGAAGACUCCAGCAGUGUGGCUGCUGAUAUCUUCUCCAACCAAAAUUUAGAUGAUGCUGCUUCAGACACUUCGCUUGUAGAGAACAUCUCUUCCAUUGGAGAAGAAAUGGUUGCAGUCUCUCCAGCCAAUGAUUAGCUCCACUUCAAGCAGGAAUAUUGUUCAAAAACAAAAUAUACAUAAGGUGCUCUUUUCUUGGUCAUGGAAGGCUUUCAAGUAAGUUUGAAUAUGUAAUUCUUUUUUUUUUUUCUUUUUCUUUGAAGAGGGUAAGGGAGGGAGAAUUGGUGGGGGUUUUGGGUGUGAAGAAAGAGGGUGAUAAGCUUUUUAUAGGCCCCCUUUCAUUGUAGUUUCAUUCUUUCAUUACAUGAUCUUGUGUUAAAUAAGAGGAGCUUGAUUAGGUGUUUCAUAGUUGUGGGCUUUGGGAAUACUUGAUGGGGAACUUCUGCAGAUAUUUUAGUAAUGAGUAAAGGUGUAAACAAUUGAAGCUUAAGAUAGCUUUGCUUGUGUUUGAGCUUGGCUCAUGUUUAAACAUUUUUGAA